AUGAAAAGAAAACAAGAUGAAAAUAUUGUUGAAAAUGAUGAAGAAGAAACAUUAGAAUUGACAAAUCAAGAGGAGGAAUACCAUGAGGGAGAAGAGGAGGCAAAUAAUCAACAACGAGAAUUUACUCCUAUUGAAUUUUCUGCUUCCGAAUUGAUGCAAGAUAUGAAGAAGAAAAAGAAGAGAAGGAAAAAGCAGCAACAACAGAAAAAUUCAGAUGACGAUGAACAAGCAGGACAAGCUAGCACUACACAAAAACCAUUCUUUGUGGUUGAUAAAAAGACAAUAGAAAAGAUUGAUUGGAAACCUCCUUCCGAUAAGAAUUGGUUGAAAGGCUUUUUCCAUUCAUCGAAUGAACAACAACAUGACAAUCAUCAUGCUUCAUCAUCAACAGGACAACAAAUAGCAGAAGAAACAGCAUCCACAACAUCAGAAUUGGACAAUGAAUAUAUGGACGAUUUGGAUGUGGAAGCUCAAAAGUACUUGUUGAAUGUAAGAUUUGAGGCACAAAACUUUUGUGUAGGAACUGUUGUUGCUUCCAACAUUGAUUCCAAGGAUUUUGAGAGUAAUAGAUCGAGCAUGAGGGACAUGGAUCAAUCCUUGUAUAGUACCAUACAUUUAUUUGAUGAAAGUAGUGGUAGUAUUAAUGUGAGCUCGAGUUGGGAAGAGAGUUUCAUGAGAAGUUUCAAAUCUCAAAGAAAUACUGUACAGACAGAUAUUGAUAAAAGAUUGAGAGGAUACACAACUGCAUCAGCCAGUAGUGGAAAUGCAAAGAAAUUUCAACAUGCCUAUCCACCAUUGAAUGGACAUUUUGAUAAGUGGAAACAUGCAUGUCUUGGAGAGGAGAAUGUAUACAUCUUGUGGGAACAAUACAUUAAUAAGCAAAAUGCUGCAGAUGCAUCCAAUAAGGAACAUCAUGUUAAAGAUCAAGAUCAGAAUGAAAUUGAGACUACAUCUUUGCAUGACACUCCUCCGAUCGAUGAAACAACACAUGCUCCUUCCUCUUCAUCAUCAACAGCCAACAGCAACAACAGCAGCAUGGAUGAAACAAGUGAUAAUCAAACCAAUGAUACCACCUGUAAUACUACAAAAAAGAAGAAUAGGAGAGGAGGUAGAAAGAGACAAAAAAAGGAUGCAUCCGAAAAAGAUGCAUCAUUAAUGGAUACUACCUUAGAUACUAAAAUACCAACUUAUGCACUCUUGACUGAUUAUUUGGAUUAUUUGACGAUUCAUGCAUUGUUCAGCAAGAUGAUCCAUUGGACUGUCAGUAAUUUCCACAAUAAUUCAAUUUUGAGAAGAAAGCCCUCUCUGGUGGCCUCUCUUUUCAAUUCCAAUAGUGAUGAUGAAGAAGAGGAGAAUGAGGACAAGUCAGAACAAUCCACAAACAAGGAAAAGUGGAUUACCAAUUAUCUCAUUAAUGAAUCAGCCAACUCUGAUAAUAUUUCUCGUUGUAAUUGGUUAUAUCACUUAUUCUUGGCAAUUGACAAGCCACCAAAUGAUACCAUCGGUGCCAAUAUGAAUCAACUUUUAGUUUGGAUAUUGGAACACUUUUCCACAUUUACACCAGAAGAAAAGGAAGAAUUUAAGAAAUUGGUAAUCAUUAUUAUCAAAUAUUUUGGUCAAGGAAGUCCAUCCAUAAUCAAAUAUCAAGAUGAGACAAAUUCCUCUGGUAAUCAUACAAAAACUUCUCUACUUGUUUAA